CAUGGGCCGGAUCUGGAUACCGUUGCAAACAGAACAAAACGUUUGUCAGUCAGUUCCCCCAUAGGGUAGGGUUACAAUGGGGGCAGCCAUGCAGAAUGACUGCUGAGCCAUGGAAUGAAUGUAGCCAAGCUGGAGGUUACUGUGUACCAACCAGUGUGCUGUACCAAAUCAACGCGUGGGACAUGGCUGGGAGCUCUGUUUAUGAUUUCACCAUGGAUUCCUUGGAAGGGAAGCCCAUUCCACUGAAAGCCUACAAGCGGAAGGUCCUCCUUAUCGUGAACGUGGCCACUUUCUGAGGUUCGACUACAGCGGAGUAUCGCUGGCUGAAUGCACUCAUGGACAAGUUUGAUGGUGCAAAGUUUACCAUUCUUGGAUUCCCAUGCAAUCAGUUUGGGCUACAAUCACCUGAGGAAGACUAUGAGACUCUGGAUGUGCUGCGGUGUGUGAGACCAGGGGGUGGUUUCCUCCCAAAGUUCCCCCUGUUUAGCAGAAUUGAGGUUAAUGGGCAGAAUGAGGACCCUCUAUUCACUUAUCUGAAGGCUUCUCUGCCUUCCAUGAACCUUGUCACCGGGGACAUCAAGACACUCUUCUGGUCUCCCAUUAGAGUCAAUGACAUCCGAUGGAACUUUGAGAAGUUCCUUAUCACGUCGGAUGGGGCGCCAUACAAACGCUACGACUUCCAUCGUCCAUUCGAAGAGGUGGAGCGGGACGUAGCAGCGCUUGUUUAGAAGAAUCCUCCAGAAAACCAAGUGCGUGUGUGUGAGGCAGUGGCGGGGCAGUGUGAAGACCCCUCAGUAAAGGCACUUCAGCAGCUGAGCUGGGUUUGAUAGGGCUGGAGAGGAACUCGGAGUUUGGGUUUGUUCAUUCAGAGAUGCUCGUUCAGACCGGCCCCGACGCCGCGACCGCUCACGCACGCUCCCUCCGGUUUUCAGCGGAUUACAAAGCGAAUGGAGACCGCAGUAAAGGCACUAUU